AUGGAAACACUAGAAACUAUUAAUCCAUUUACAUUAGCACCAUGGGAGGAACGACUGCAGGCCGAUAGUGGACAAACCCCGGAGUCACAGGUAGAAGCCGGCGGGUCUAUGCAGAUCACAGUCAGCAGCUCGGCACGGAAUAAGGUAGUGGGAUUUGGCGGAGUGAUUCAAAAGCAGCCGCCCAAGUACAAGAAGCCAAGACUAAAGACCUUCUCCGUCACACUUAGCGCAAGAUCAGAGUAG